AUGACGACCGAUUACAGCAAGAAGACCAACGCAGAGCUGGUCGAAAUCCUCAAGUCUCGGAAUCUUCCGCAUAACGGCAAGAAAGCGGAAAUGGUGGCUCGCCUCCAGGAGGAUGAUAACAAGGCCGCCGAGGCUACGAAAACGACAACCGAAUCUGCGGCUCCAGCAGCAGCGGAUGAUGUCAUCGAUUGGGAGGAUGACGAAGUCCCUGCCACGGAGGCCGCUGCGAAGAGCUCCACAGAGGCUGGGGCUGCUACCAUCGCGGCCGGUGGAAAGGGGGAAGUGCCCAACCCUGUUGCUGUACCCAACCAGAAGCUAGACACCGAUCCUGCUACCACAAACGACCUUAAGGUUGAAUCGGAGGGUGCUGCUGCUUCUGCGGAGGUGAAGCCUGAGGCUGCCACGGACGCUGCCGCUACCGCUACUACAGAAGAAGCCGAGCAGAAGCCGGCUCCGAACUUCGCUGCGGGCCUUCCAAUUACGGAGAUGGAGGAGGAGUUGAAGAAGCGUAAGGCUCGGGCGGAGAAGUUCGGAAUCACGGAGGAGUCCAAGGCUGCCAUUGAAGCUGCAGAGAAGCAGCUGGAACGGGCGAAGCGGUUCGGCUCAGCUGCCGUCGCGGCCCCCACAACCGAGGUUGGGGUGAAGAAGCUGGAUGAGGCACUUCCGGAGGAGAAGUCGCGCAAGCGUGGUCGUGUUGAGAAUGAACAGGGUGGUGGUCGGGGAGGAAAGAGACGCGAUUUCGGUGGCGGCCGGAAUAAGUCCCGGCGACAGGGUCGCGGGAAUCGCAACCAGGGUCAAGGUCAGACUCAGCGCCAGCAGCAGCAGAAUGGAGGUGGAAACAAGGGUAGCAGUCUGAGUGAAAAGGACGCCCAGGCUUUGGAAGCCAGGAAGAAGAGAUUCGGAUAG